AUGAGCUUAGCAAGCGACGGUGGUCUGCUAUUUGAAUCGUUAAAGGUUUCGCUGUUUGAUGAUAUCCGAGGCAAUUUUAUCCGGCUUCCAAGUCGCAUUAUAAGGGCUUUGGAAACUACUGGCAAACCAGCACAAGAGUUCGGUGCUCUUAUCAAACACAAAGGAGGUCAGUUUUACGCUGGAUGGGAUGGAUUAGAGACCCAUGGCGUACAUGAUGAGUCUCAAACGGUACAAAUAAACCCGGUUUUGGCGCAGCUUAACGGUUUGAUAGAUGGGACCCUCAUUGAUCUAACAAUCAAGAAUUACGACGCAUCGCGGACGGCACUCGAAGUUUACGUUGAUCCAGCGUCCAGCGACGAUUGGGAGGUCAUUGAGGGCAAUGCGCAGUUCUUACAAGAUAAUUUACUCUAUCAAACUAGAAUUGUCACCCAGGGUGCUAAAUUGGCAUGUUUUAUUAACAAUGUUCAGGCCCGAUUCACAGUUCAAAAAAUCAUUCCCGAGGCGUUGCAAUCGGCCAAAAUAGCAGCGGAUACUUUGAUUAUGGUGGCCCCGCGCCAGAACCGGAAACGUCUCGUUGAAGAUACGGAUUUUCAAUCGACAACAUUACCGGUGUCUUCGAAAAAUGUCGUAUUGCGAAAUCUGCUCUGGGCAUAUGAUCUCGAAGGGCUAGAGGUACGCGUCCCAGUCAAUGUGACGCUGCAUUCUACCUUUGCCAUUGUUUCUGCGAAUAAGAACCCUGUAGAUCAUCCUUCGCAGAAGCACUCCGAUGACGAGUCGAAGAGAGCACGUUCGGCCGAAAAAAUUGUGGUAAGGUACGAAAAGGACACUCGGAUUCCGCAAGGUCAUAUUGUGCUAUCUCGCUACGCGAGUGAGGCUCUUGGAAUAGACGCUUGUAAUGGCGAGUUUAUCAAGUUAGAAUCACUUGGGAAGGAUAUGAUGAUAAAUGAUAUUCCUACGGUUGUUGUUCGUGAAGCGAGGGAGACAAGCGAGGAAGGUGACACUUUAGUAAGAAUCAAGAAGAUUUUAGGAACUUCAGUAUUGACAAACGGACUUGUAUUGCCUUCCGAAGAUGUUUUUAUCGAAUUGCUCGAUGAGCAUGGGAGGGCUAUACCAUUUUUUGAUGUGAACCAAAAGGGCUGCAAAUGGAAGUUGGCAAAAUUGAAAUCUAACUUAGCGGAGUCUUUUUGUCAAUUUGUCGUCGAGAAACCAGCCACAGCAGUGGCUCAAGAAGAGCUUUUAAAAGAUAUUGCCAAAACACUGACCCUUUCAUUUCAACCGUCCCCAUGUACUUUGCUUUAUGGGCCAAGUGGGGUCGGAAAAACAAGGUUAGUAGAAUCUCUACGAUACGAUCUUCAGCGGGGCAGUAUUAAGCACGUCAGAUAUGUCGAUUGUGAGCAAUUUCAGGAAAGUCUUGAUUUUUCGAAAAUGAAGAACACUUUGUUUAGGCUCAUUACAUCAUGCUAUUGGUACAAGCCGUCUGUCCUUAUCCUGGACAACGCAGAAGCGAUUUUCCCUUACGAUAAAGAAGAUGAAGAGGGUCCGGGGUAUUCUUCCUCAGGGAAAACUUCUACCAAGCUCUGUCUUUUGUUCAUGAUUGAGCUAGAAAAGGUGAGACAAAAAAAUGCUGACAUACUAAGCGUUCUUCUUACAGCGAAAAGCAAAGAAUCCCUAAAUCAAACUCUUUUUUCUAAGCAUUCGAUUGGUAAAUCAUGGAAACUUGGAUCACCGGACAGAGACCAGCGAGCGAGCAUCCUAGACUAUUAUUUGCAGGCCCGAUCGCUGAAACUGUCUCCGGACCUGGAACUUUCAACGCUUGCUUUGGAAACUGAGGGUUAUUCUCCCAGAGACCUAUCGCUUCUUAGUGAUAAGUUACUUUUUGAGCAUCUGAGUCGAUACGAGGAGUCAAUUGACGAAUUGUCGUUGCAAACUUUUGAAGAAGCCAUCAAGGACUUCGUACCGUCUUCUUUACGCGGAAUAAAGUUGCAGAAAAGCACUGGAGUGAAGUGGAGUGAUAUUGGCGGUUUGAGGGGAGUAAAAGACAUUCUACUUGAAACCUUAGAAUGGCCGACUAAAUAUGCUCCAAUCUUUGCAAAAUGCCCAUUAAGAUUACGAUCUGGUAUCCUGCUGUAUGGGUAUCCGGGCUGCGGGAAAACCUUGCUCGCUAGCGCUGUGGCACAACAGUGUGGUCUUAAUUUCAUUUCUGUCAAAGGUCCAGAGAUUUUGAACAAAUACAUUGGAGCAAGCGAACAAAGUGUCAGAGAAAUAUUCGAGCGCGCGCAAGCGGCUAAACCUUGCAUACUUUUCUUUGACGAGUUUGACUCCAUAGCACCUAAAAGAGGACACGAUUCGAUUGGAGUGACAGACCGAGUCGUUAACCAGAUGUUGACUCAAAUGGAUGGUGCUGAGGGUUUAGACGGGGUUUACGUCUUGGCUGCCACGAGUCGGCCGGAUCUCAUAGACUCUGCACUUCUGCGACCGGGAAGACUUGACAAAAGUCUUUUGUGCGGCUUACCCGAUGAGGCUGACAGACUAUCUAUCAUCCAGGCGGUAGUAGCCAGUGGGAAAUUGAUAUUGGAGGAAGAUUGCAAUCUCGAUGUCAUUGCUGAGAAAACAAACGGGUUUUCCGGAGCAGAUUUGCAAGCACUUUGCUACAAUGCGAGUCUCAAAGCUAUAAACCGUACACUGGUUGAUACUUCUCUUACUUCGGACAAUGAAAACUUAACGGUUAAUGAACCGUCUGUCAUUGUCCUAAGCAAAGACAAAAAAAUUCCAGCACUUGCAAUUGAGAGACUCAACCACAAAUUUAAACUUGGUUACACAGAUUCAAGCGUAAUGGCACGACCAGAUGUGAUCAUUCAGCUCGCUGACUUCGAAAACGCCGCGACAGAAACUAAACCAAGUAUUUCGUACGAGGAAGUCAACAAGCUGUCCAAUAUAUACAGAAAAUUCGCGAAUGAGAGGGAUGGGAACAUGCCAAACGGAGAGGCAUCUAAUGAGGUCGGUGGCCGAUCUACACUCAUGUAG